GGCUUGCCUCCACCCGGGCAGGUGGGAGAGGCGGGAGCAGAAGCCGCACCGGCGGGACGUCACGCAGGGCCCGAGCGGGGCCGGACGGAUCGGCAGCCCGGAGCCCUCUCAGCAGAAGAGCCACCGGCAGUCUCCCGGCCCAUGCAUCCUGAUCCCGCAACCGGCAACUUUUGCCGCCGUUAUUGGAUGCUGAGCGCUACCCGCCCCUGCAGGACUGGCUGUGGGCAGCCUCUGGGGCUGGUGGAAGGGGAGCCCAAGGGCGGCCGGAGGGCCGGUGCUUUCUUGCCUCGGGAGAAGGCAGCGGAGUUUCGUAAGAGGCAAAUCCUGGAUCAAGGCAAGAGCCGCGGGGUCGACAGGACCGGGGCGUGGGGAGAGUCCAGGGCCGACGGGUUGGCAGCGGGAUCCCGCUAGCUGAGGUCUCUGACGUGGGGGAGGCGAUCCCUGCUGCUCCAGGCCGCGGCUCCGGUCGCCCGUCCUUUUCACGCGGGGAGGAAUUAUCGCGCGCUGGCUCGUGCGGAAAGUAGCCGCCGGUCUCCUCUGCUUCCGAGUCCCGUGCAAAUGGAGGUCCCGGGCGCCUGCGCCGAGUUGCUCGACCUGAAGGACCUGGAGAGCAAAGUAGGGCAGAAGCCUCCCGACGGGCUGCUGCGUUGGCUGCGGGAAGACCCCGCGGCUCAUCUGCUCCGGAGCAGCCCGAGCCGGGGGCCGCGCUACGGGCUGGGGGAGAAGAUCAGAGCACUGAAGCUGGAACUGGCCUACUUGAGAGCAAUAGAUAUCAAGAUACUUCAGCAGUUAGUGGCUGUGAAUGAAGGCAUUGAGGCAGUCAAGUGGCUGCUAGAAGAGAAAGGAAUGCUGACCAGCCGCUGCAGCAGCCUCACCAGCAGCCAGUACAGCUUGAUAGGGAGUCAAGAGACAUCUCGGCGGGGGAGCUGGAACAGUCUUCAGGAUCCCAACGACAAGCUGGACUGCAUGUCCAUUGGCAGCUAUUUGGACACCCUUGCUGAUGAUAUGGAUGAAUAUGGACAAGGCUCUAGCAUAGAGCCCAUAAUGGCAUCCACACCAAGCAGACCAUUGGCCAGAGUUGAAAAGACUGACCCAGACCAGGCUGUUCCUACCAAGAGCUUCAUCAAAGAGCAAGACAAAAGCAAAGAGGAUCAGGGGAAAGUGCACUGCUUGGUUAAAAACCAAGGCGCCAGUGAGCAAAACAAAGCUGCCAGGCAGCCACCGGCAGUAACCAAUGGGGUUUUGGGCAGACGUGUUCCAGAGCCGGAGCAAGACACUGAAGCUAAAUUCACCUCAGCAGUUGCAGAUAGCCCAGCACCAAGGGCUUCCAGAAACAAAAAAGCUGACUUGGAGAAUUGCAAGUUGAAUAGCAGAGUGCAUCUGGAAUAUGAUGCCCACUGGCAAUGGGUUCAGUCUCAAGAUGAUGUGACGUUCUUGUAGCCUGCAGGAUCUUCAGCCUAGACCAUCAACUAUGGAGUCAAGGCCUCUUACAAAACAUCUUUUGCACUUUUGACUUGAAGCACUACUUUUCUUGCCAAAAUGCCACUUUUUGCUUUACCAAGUAGGACGGGUGGAACACAGUGGGUGGCAUUGAUUUUAGCUCUAAGAAAUGGUGUCUGAGGGAGAUGCCCUGUGGCCUGCCAUCCUCACAUGCCUUGUGCAGUAAUGGAAGAAUGGCCACUUUCUGUGGGUGCUGUGUGGUCAGAAAUAUAAAUGUAAAUAAAAUUAUUAUUAUAUUAUUAUUAUUGUUGUUGUAAAAUGCACAUAUUUGCUUCUUGACAUGUGUUAAUACUAAAAGAUUUGAGAAGCAUGUUCACCCUUGAUAGCAAUGGGAAAUAGAUGAUCAUUUGUUCUUGGAACAACAUGCAUUCUUUAGAAGAGGUCACUUUUUUCUGUUUUUGGCAACUGAGAAUUACUCAAGAUUUUGUUGACAGUAUUUUUAUUUCACCCAUUUCAUCAUUAGUGCUGAAAUUAGAUUAUCUUCAUUUCCAAUUGGUUUCAAAAAAGAAAUGGAGACUCCCGACUGCACAACUUCGUUCACUGUAGUCACAUGGUGAGCAUCCCUCUCCUUCUCUGACUAGGCCCAGCCUUUGUUCUGCACUUGGAACUACAGAAUCGUGUUUGACCUUGGGCUUCAUUUUAUGCACACUCUGAGUGCUUCCAAUGCUUAAUAUGAUAUCAGACAAAGCUCUGUUAUAGACUUCCCAUUGUCCUCCACUCCCAGCAGUCUACUGGAAAAGCAAAGGCAAUUGUGGAGAAAGAAUUUAAAGUGUGCCCAUAAGUUUGACAUUUAGAGUAAUUUCUAUGUGUAUGUCAGCCCUGCAUAGAGCUGCAAAAAAAUUAAUAUUUUGGCACUGACAUCGGGUUUCUAGGAAUACAGGAAUGUUAGAAACAAAGAACCUAGGAUUUUUAUAGUCAGACAUACUUUUAUUCAACAUGGAUCUAAACAAGUUGCUCAGCUUUUCUGUAUCUCAAACUAAUGUUGUAUUGAAAAUACCUGUACUUUGUAGGGAUGAUUUGUAGCCAGUUUUGAAUCUUGCUUACCUUUUACUUUGAAUUAGACUGAUGAAAUUCUGGUUCUGUUUGAAACUGGUGAUCCAUUUAAAAGUGUCUAUGAGCUCUGAAUAAGAACACACUAUAUUAAAAUUGCUAUGGUGAGACAGUGAAUGAAAAGACUUGCCACCAUAUAUGUGUUCUUAAUGGCAGCCAUUUUAAUGAAUGCUGCAGCUGAACAUCAUAAAUGGCAACAUUCAGGGUGAAUAAGGAGGAGCUGACAACCUUUAGUCUUACAGCCUUAACUCUACAUUGCAUUCACUGAAACUGUUGUAUACAUUCAUCUUGGAAAGUUCAACACAAUAUUUUUUAGGGCAUGAAAACACACAUUCUGUAUUAUCAUGACAUCCUUUUCAAUUCUUUUAAACCAAACCAUCCCAUUCUGCAUUUGGGCAACAUAUUCUAGCAAUGUUUUCUUUGGUUGAUUCCGCACAGUAUAAUUAUACCGUGUUACAUUUGGUAUUUAAAAAUCUGGGUCUAUUUUGCCCAUGCAAAGGGUUCUCCUGGAAAUACUCCAAUUUCUUUUGCACGAGCCAGGCUUUUUUUGUUUUUACAACAUAGAUGCUGCGUGCUCGGACAUCCCUGGUGUGCUACAUACUGAUUUGCUUCCCCCCCCCCCCCCGCAAGGCAGGAAAACCAAGCAGGACAACCCCCCCCCCUUUCCUUUAGCUUUGGAAAGGAGCUGGUGCAGCGAGCAACGCAGCAACCACAUUGUGCUAUACGAAGUAAAAACUUUUGACCAAUACUGGGCAGAGCACUAUAUGUCCCAUCCACAUUUAAAGGUAGUCAGGAAACCACAGCACAAGAUACUCACCCUCCCCCCUCAAUAUACCAAAUAGCAUUUGACUGGCCUUUGGGGCUGCUAUGGAAUGAGAGCAUCCUACCAGGCAGGUGCUUCCCCACCCCACCCAGGAUCCCAUUGGGAAUGUGAGCGGGGAGCUGCAGGACUGGGAGGGCUGUGGCUUUGCUAGCGAGCAGCACUUGGUGAGAGCGAGCUGGAAUGGGCCGAGCACCAGAGGCGAAGCAAGGGCAAACUGUGCCCGGGGCGCGCGUGCACCCUGCUCCCCUGCCGCAGCGUUGCCCACCCCACUUCAACCUGGAACGCCCCGGAACACCCCCACCACACCCUCUCCAUGACUGGGCCACGUCUCCACCAGUGCUACGCCACUGGUGAGCACUCAUGCUUUCCCGCAUGGGCUUGCUUGGCUGGCUCCUGGAAGAGCUGUCAAAGGGCAGAAAGCUUGCUUGGGGAACGUUUUGGAAAGGGUGGGCUGCAACUCAGCAGAAAUGAAACUGACAUGAUGUAAGGCAGGGAGAUCAGGCGGUGCGGUGGGAAAAACAAAUCACUUUUGCUCCCGUGGCCUUUGCAUGAAAGCAAUUCAAUGCGGGAUUUUGGAAAAAAGAUCAACAUUUUAGUGGUUUUUUAAAAAAACUGGGAUGAGGGAAAUAUCACAGGACAAACCCGCUUUAGGAUUGGGAACCGUGCAAACUUCUUGGCAAAACUGGGAUAUUUCCCUUGCUCAACCCAGGAUAUUUGGACCAUGCGGAAAUGGCCUUUGAAAACAUUUUGUGCCAAUGUACUCCAUUUUUGAGGAGUAAAGAUCUGUUUAAAUGUUGCAUAUUUGUUACUUUCCUGUCAUUCUUAGUGCUGCAGUGUACUUUAUUUCCAAUGUGAAUGUGCUUGUUACAGUAACUUCUGGGGCUUCCAAAAUGAAAAGAAACUUCUAUAACAUCUGGCAAUUUUUUCUUAAACUUGAAUCUUAAUAAAAGUCGGUUCUAAGAAAGCAA